CUAGAGUGGAACGGCUAAGCUUUAGUACAAACGUAGUAAGAGCCACGCUGACCUCUAGCGGAAGCGUCUAAAAGUGCAGAACUGUUUCAAUGGCAACCAUCACAGAGUUGAAAAGCGCUUUGAGAGAGACGCUGGAGGCCCGUGGGGUCCUCGGGCAGCUGAAGGCGAGGAUCCGGGCGGAGGUGUUCAGCGCGCUGGACGAUGAGAGCGCGCCGCGCCCGCCGCUGAGCCACGAGAACCUGCUGAUCAAUGAACUGAUCCGAGAAUACCUGGAGUUCAACAAGUAUCGAUACACUGCAUCGGUGCUGACCGCAGAAUCAGGUCAGCCUGAAGUUCCCCUAGAUCGGGAGUUCGUGGCCAGUGAGCUCAACGUCGCAGAAGAUUCAAGUGCCAAAGCAGUCUCUGUCUUGGUGUUUUUUAGGCCAUUGUUGUAUGGAUUGCUCCAUCAUUUCCUUAGCAGUAAGGGAGAGCACAAAGGAAAACUCUUCCUAAGGGGCUCAGCAACAGUGUCUUCACAAGAACCACACGGCCAUCGUAAUGCAGAGUCAUAACACUGAGCUCUGCAGCGAUCUCAAGAGGAAGUCAUAUGAUCACAAUUAAAACAAUUAUCCAUAAAGAGCCCAAAAUAUUCUGUCCAGCUUACUCUAGUGAUAGAAAUUGAAUGUAUUUUCUUUUAUAUUUUUUUGAUGUUGCUUUUUGUACUCCUAGUAAUAGUUUUAUGAAUAAAACCAUUGUGAUUGUUCUUCUAAGCUGUGCAAACAAUACAGUAUAUUACAAUAUAUAGUCAUAGUCCUCAUAUAAUAAAUUUAAAUAGUCUUGACAUCCAGUUACCUGAUUUUUUAAUUUGAUAUGUUUGAAUCCUCUUCUUUUAAAAUUUAUGUGCAAUAUUAAAUUUAGAUUUGCCGUAAAAUA